AUGCCCGGGAAAACCUGUGCAGGCUGCCUUCUUCCCAUCAAAGGACGAGAUUACCUCCAGUGUCCCCACUGUGAGCAAACUUACGAUCUGGACUGCGCAAGUAUCCCAGAAAAAAGGCGUAAGCAGUUACCCAACGAAUAUAGACGCAACUGGAGAUGCCCAAGCUGCAAAUCGACUCAGCGAAAGCAAGGCGAUAAUUCCAAUACCCCGGUCCGUCAGGCGCAGGUGCUUAUUGAGAGCGACUCCGAAAAUGUGACAACGCCCACCAUAGAGAAAACCUCCUUCGUUACCGAGGACAGGCUACGCGAUAUCCUGAGACAAGAGAUUACAUCGCUCCUCAACUCCGCUAUAAAGGAGCAUGUUACCAAAGAACUCUCAAAUAUCCAACAACAGAUUGCAAGCUUUCAUGAAUCCUUAAGCUUCUUUAAUGAAAAAUAUGAGACAGUUCUGAAAGAACUCGAAGAUAAGAGAGUUGUAAUAAAAUCUCUCAAAGAGGAGAACGCAAACCUAACAUCUACCGUAAACAACCUCUCUAGCAGACUGACAAUAAUAGAGCAAACAUGGCGGGAAUGCAAUGUAGAAAUAAACGGUAUACCGGAACGCAAGUCUGAAAACCUAUUCACUUCUGUAGUAAAUCUCGCCAAAUCCGUAAAUCAUACAAUUUUGGAGAGCGAGAUGCUAAAUGUAACCAGAGUGGCAAAACUGAACAAAGACAGCGAUCGUCCCCGCUCUGUGAUCCUAAAACUUAAUAGUGCUCGUCGUCGUGAUGAACUUCUUGCGGCAGUCGCGACUUACAAUAAAAAGAACCCCAGUAAUAAACUUAAUACUAGUCACCUGGGUCUCGAGAGCACCAUUAAACCAGUUUACGUCACAGAACAUCUGUCGCCAACCCUCAAAUCCCUUCACGCGGCUGCUCGUCAGAAAUCCAGGGAUGCAAAAUACAAAUAUGUGUGGGUACGAAAUGGCAGAAUAUAUGUACGCAAAGAUGAAACGUAUCCAGCUAUACACAUACAUAAUUUGGAAAGCCUGCACAAAAUCAAAUAG